GCUGUCAACUUUUGUCGAAGACGCUAGUAUACAAAUUCGAAGCCGAGGUUCAGAUAAACAAAAUGUUGAGGGCAAUCAUUUCGGUCGGUCAACGUGGAAAGCUUCCACUAACCCUGCUGUCGGCCAAGGGCGUUGUUGCGCACAACCAUAUACGCUUGUCGCAUUCGUACUCCCGGCCACUUGUGCGCUAUUUUGCUAGCGACGAUAACAAGAUUAAGGGAUCGGUCGGCAGCAGCCCGACUGGCAUAAUUGGCAACGUGGGUCAAUCUACGAGUCUGGGAAGUGUUACUGGCAAUGAGCCGAUUGCGUAUGCGCAGACGCAGCCCGCUGCUGUGGGAGGUGACCCCGCUCGCGACGGUAACUUUGGCAAGAAGACGGGCGAGGUUGCUUCGCAGGCGCCUAUGACACCUUCGGUGACAGAAUCUGGCAAGAUUGGCAACGAAGAGUCGUCUGUUGGGGCAAAAUCGUCGACGUCGUCGUCGUCAAAGGCGAAUGAGUCGAGCAAAGUGGUUGGCCAAUCAGGUGAUGGACCUACUGGCAAUAAAAUGGCUGACGAUGCAGUUAAGCAGCUGCAGGAACUAGCCGCCAAUCUGCCCAGCAAGGAACAGGUCGAGAAGUUCGUCUUUCGGGUGGUGGCAUUUUUAUAUGACCUCAUCUACUUGACGGCCACAUGGACCAUACGCUUUGUCGAUGAAAAGAUAUUGCAGAACAACACUGUCAGAUACUACUGGAAACGUUUCCAUGAAAAGAUGGAGCAGGCCAAGAAGGACUAAGCACAGCUAAGAAAUUUGGAUAAAAAUCGAACAUGCAUAUCAUGUCGAAUGCACAAAACAUUAAACAAAGCUAAAUCUCAUAUUUCCAGA